CAUGGCCCCCAGGGUGCUGCUGUGCGCGGUGCUGGGGCUGCUGCUGGCGCCGCCCGCCCCCGCGGCCGCUGCCCCGCCGCCCUUCAGCGCCUUCCACGCCGAGACGCGCGACUGGACCUUCAACCACCUGGCGGUGCACCGCGGGACGGGCGCCGUGUACGUGGGCGCCGUGAACCGCGUCUACAAGCUGGCCGGCAACCUGACGCUGCAGGUGGCGCACAAGACGGGCCCCGAGGAGGACAGCAAGGCCUGCUACCCGCCGCUCAUCGUGCAGCCCUGCGCCGAGGCGCUCACGCUCACGGACAACGUGAACAAGCUGCUCCUUAUCGACUACCCCGAGGAGCGGCUGCUGGCCUGCGGGAGCCUCUUCCAGGGCGUGUGCAAGCUGCUGCGCCUGGCCGACCUCUUCACGCUGGGCGAGCCCACGCACAAGAAGGAGCACUACCUGUCCAGCGUCAACCGCACGGGCACCAUGGUGGGCGUCAUCGUGCGCGCGCGCGGCCGCGACGGCACGCUCUUCAUCGGCACGGCCGUGGACGGCAAGCAGGACUACUUCCCCACGCUGUCCAGCCGCAAGCUGCCGCGCGACCCCGAGGCCGCCACCAUGCUGGACUACGAGCUGCACAGCGACUUCGUGUCCUCGCUCAUCAAGAUCCCCUCCGACACGCUGGCGCUCGUGGCGCACUUCGACAUCUUCUACAUCUACGGCUUCGCCAGCGGCGGCUUCGUCUACUUCCUGACGGUGCAGCCCGAGACCCCCGAGGGCGGGGCGCUGGCCGCCGGCGACCUCUUCUACACCUCGCGCAUCGUGCGCCUGUGCCAGGAGGACCCCAAGUUCCACUCGUACGUCUCGCUGCCCUUCGGCUGCACGCGGGCCGGCGUGGAGUACCGCCUGCUGCAGGCCGCCUACCUGGCCAAGCCGGGCGCCGCGCUGGCCCAGGCCUUCAACGUCAGCGGCCGCGAGGACGUGCUCUUCGCCGUCUUCUCCAAGGGCCAGAAGCAGUACCACCAGCCGCCCGACGACUCCGCCCUCUGCGCCUUCCCGCUGCGCGCCGUCAACCAGCGCAUCACCGAGCGGCUGCGCUCCUGCUACCAGGGCGAGGGCCACCUGGAGCUCAGCUGGCUGCUGGGCAAGGACGUGCAGUGCACCAAGGCGCCGGUGCCCAUCGAUGACGACUUCUGUGGCUUGGACAUCAACCAGCCCCUGGGGGGCUCCACGCCCGUGGAGGGGCUGCCACUCUACACCACCAGCCAUGACCGCCUCACCUCCGUGGCCGCCUACGUGUACAACGGCCACAGCGUGGUCUUCGUGGGCACCAAGAGCGGCAAGCUGAAGAAGAUCCGGGCAGAUGGCCCCCCGCAUGGAGGUGUCCAGUAUGAAACGGUAUCCGUGCUCAAGGACCACAGCCCGAUCCUGCGAGACAUGGCUUUCUCCACAGACCAGCGCUACCUGUAUGUCAUGUCUGAGCGGCAGGUCACGCGGGUGCCCGUGGAGGCCUGUGAGCAGUACACCACGUGUGAGGAGUGUCUGAGUGCGGGGGACCCCCACUGCGGCUGGUGUGCCCUGCACAGCGUGUGCUCCCGCAGGGACCGCUGCCCGCGUGCCUGGGAGCCCAACCGCUUCGCAGCCAGCCUCAGCCAGUGCGUGCGACUCCAGGUGGAGCCCGGCAGCAUCUCCGUGUCCGAGCAGCGCCGGCAGCUCACGCUGGUGGUCAGCGACGCCCCCAGCCUCUCCGCGGGGGUCACCUGUGCCUUCGGGAAUCUGACGGAGGUGGAGGGGCAGGUGGACGGGAGCCGGGUGCUGUGCCUCUCCCCCGGGCCCCGGGACGUGCCCGUCGUCCCUGUGGAUCAAGAUUGGUUUGGAGUGGAGCUGCAGCUGAAGUCCAAGGAGACCGGCAGGAUCUUUGUCAGCACUGAGUUCAAGUUCUACAACUGCAGCGCCCACCAACUGUGCCUGUCGUGUGUCACCAGCGCCUUCCGCUGCCACUGGUGCAAGUACCGCCACCUGUGCACGCACGACCCCUCCCGCUGCUCCUUCCAGGAGGGCCGGAUCCGCGCUGCAGAGGACUGUCCCCAGCUGGUGCCCACGACCGAGAUCCUGAUCCCCGUGGGCGAGGUGGAGCCCAUCACGCUCCGGGCCCGGAACCUCCCGCAGCCCCAGUCCGGGCAGCGCGGCUACGAGUGCGAGCUCCGCAUCCAGGGCACGGCCCACCGCGUGCCCGCGCUGCGUUUCAACAGCUCCAGCGUGCAGUGCCAGAACAGCUCGUACCGGUACGAGGGCAUGGAGCUGAGCAGCCUGGCCGCAGACCUCAGCGUGGUGUGGAACGGGAACUUCGUCAUUGACAACCCGCAGGGCCUGAAGGUGCACCUGUACAAGUGCGCGGCCCAGAGGGACAGCUGCGGGCUCUGCCUCAAGGCUGAGCACAAGUUCGGGUGCGGCUGGUGCCGGGGGGAGCGCAGGUGCACCCUCCCCCAGCACUGCACCGGUCCCGCCGGGCCCUGGCUCCACUGGGCCAGCCUCCGUGUCAAGUGCUCCAACCCGCAGAUCACCGAGAUGCUGACAGUGUCGGGCCCCCCUGAAGGAGGAACGCGGGUGACCAUCCGCGGCGUCAACCUGGGCCUGGACUUCUCGGACAUCGCCCAGCACGUGCAGGUGGCCGGGGUGCCGUGCACGCCGCUGCCGGCCGACUACGUGGUCGCUGAGCAGAUCGUGUGUGAGAUGGGACCCGCACCCAGGGCCGCCGUGGCCGGGCCGGCCCGUCUGUGUGUGGGCGAGUGCAGGCCGGAGUUCGUGGCCCAGAGCCAGCAGGAGUUCACCUUCGUGCACCCAUCCGUGCAUUCGCUCAGCCCCAUCCGAGGCCCCGAAUCGGGGGGCACCAUGGUCACUCUCGCCGGACAGCACCUGGGCGCUGGGAGCCGUGUGACUGUGCACCUGGGCAACCAGACCUGCGAGUUCUAUGGGCGGUCCAUGAGCGAGAUCGUGUGUGUGUCCCCACCCUCGGCCACUGGCCUGGGCCCAGUCCCCGUGUGGGUGAGCGUGGACCGGGCUCACGUGGACGGCGACCUGCAGUUCGAGUACAUCGACGACCCCCGCGUGCAGCGCGUGGAGCCCGCCUGGAGCAUCGCCAGCGGCCACACGCCCCUGACCAUCACCGGCUUCAACCUGGACGUCAUUCAGGAGCCCAGAGUCCGAAUCAAGUUCAACGGCAAAGAGUCUGUGAACGUGUGUCGGACCGUGAAUGCCACCACGCUCACCUGCCUGGCCCCGCCCCUCGCCACCGAUCACCGGCCCAGCCUGGACGCGGUGGGGCGACCCGAGGAAUUCGGUUUCAUCUUCAACAACGUUCGGUCCCUGCUCUUGUACAACGACACCAAGUUCAUCUACUACCCCAACCCCACCUUCGAGCUGCUCAGUCCCACGGGGGUCCUGGACCAGAAGCCCGGCUCCCCCAUCAUUCUGAAGGGCAAGAACCUCUGCCCACCCACCUCAGGGGGCACCAAGCUCAACUACACGGUGCUGGUGGGGGACACGCCGUGCGCCGUCACUGUGUCCGAGACGCAGCUGCUGUGUGAGCCCCCGAACCUCACGGGGCAGCACAAGGUCCUGGUGCUGGUGGGCGGCAUGGUGUUCUCUCCCGGCUCGGUGAGCGUGGCGGCCGACGGCCUGCUCACCCUGCCCGCCAUCGUCAGCAUCGCCGCGGGCGGCACCCUGCUGCUGGUCCUGGUCGUCCUGGUCCUGGUGGCCUACAAGCGCAAGUCCCGCGAGAACGACCUCACGCUCAAGCGGCUGCAGAUGCAGAUGGACAGCCUGGAGUCCCGCGUGGCACUGGAGUGCAAGGAGGCCUUUGCAGAGCUGCAGACGGACAUCAACGAGCUGACCAGCGACCUGGACCGUGCGGGCAUCCCCUACCUGGACUACCGCACCUACGCCAUGCGCGUGCUCUUCCCAGGCAUCGAGGAUCACCCGGUCCUGCGGGAGCUGGAGGUGCAGGGCCACGGGCAGCAGCAGGUGGAACGGGCGCUGAAGCUCUUCGCGCAGCUGCUGCACAACAAGGUCUUCCUGCUGACCUUCAUCCGCACGCUGGAGGCGCAGCGCGGCUUCUCCAUGCGCGACCGCGGCACGGUGGCCUCCCUCAUCAUGACGGCGCUGCAGGCCCGCCUCGAGUACGCCACCGACGUGCUCAAGCAGCUGCUCUGUGACCUCAUCGACCGGAACCUGGAGAACCGCAACCACCCCAAGCUGCUGCUGCGGAGGACGGAGUCUGUGGCCGAGAAGAUGCUCACCAACUGGUUCGCUUUCCUGCUGCACAAGUUCCUGAAGGAGUGUGCGGGGGAGCCGCUCUUCAUGCUCUACUGCGCCAUCAAGCAGCAGAUGGAGAAGGGGCCCAUCGACGCGGUGACGGGCGAGGCCCGCUACUCGCUGAGCGAGGACAAGCUCAUCCGGCAGCAGAUCGACUACAAGACGCUGAUCCUGAACUGCGUGAACCCCGACAACGAGAACAGCCCGGAGAUCCCCGUGAAGGUCCUCAACUGCGACACCAUCACGCAGGUCAAGGAGAAGAUCCUGGACGCUGUGUACAAGAACGUGCCCUACUCCCAGCGGCCGCGGGCCGCCGACAUGGAUCUCGAGUGGCGCCAGGGCCGCAUCGCCCGGGUCGUGCUGCAGGACGAGGACAUCACCACCAAGAUCGAGGGGGACUGGAAGCGGCUCAACACCCUGGUGCACUACCAGGUGGCCGACCGGUCCAUGGUGGCACUGGUGCCCAAGCAGACCUCCUCCUACAACAUCCCCGCCUCCGCCAGCAUCUCCCGCUCGUCCAUCAGCAGAUACGACUCCUCCUUCAGGUACACGGGCAGCCCCGACAGCCUUCGGUCGCGCACGCCCAUGAUCACGCCGGACCUGGAGAGCGGCGCCAAGGUGUGGCACCUGGUCCGCAACCACGAGCACGGCGAACAGAAGGAGGGCGAGCGCGGCAGCAAGAUGGUGUCCGAGGUCUACCUCACCCGCCUGCUGGCCACCAAGGGCACGCUGCAGAAGUUUGUGGAUGACCUCCUGGAGACCCUGUUCAGCACCGUCCACCGUGGGAGUGCGCUGCCCCUGGCCAUCAAGUACAUGUUCGACUUCCUGGACGAGCAGGCGGACAGACACGGCAUCCACGACACGGACGUGCGCCACACGUGGAAGAGCAACUGCCUGCCCCUGCGCUUCUGGGUGAACGUCAUCAAGAACCCGCAGUUCGUGUUUGACAUCCACAAGGGCAGCAUCACGGACGCCUGCCUGUCGGUGGUGGCGCAGACCUUCAUGGACUCCUGCUCCACGUCCGAGCACCGGCUGGGCAAGGACUCGCCCUCCAACAAGCUGCUCUACGCCAAGGACAUCCCCAGCUACAAGAGCUGGGUGGAGAGAUACUACGCGGACAUCACCAAGCUGCCGGCCAUCAGCGACCAGGACAUGAACGCGUACCUGGCCGAGCAGUCCCGCCUGCACGCCACCGACUUCAGCUUGCUGAGUGCUCUCAGCGAGAUGUACACCUACGUGAGCAAGUACAGCGAGGAGCUCAUCGGGGCCCUGGAGCAGGACGAGCAGGCCCGGCGCCAGCGUCUGGCCUUGAAGGUGCAGCAGCUGAUCGGCGCCAUGUCCUUCGAGAGCUGACGCGGCCGGUCCUGCGGGAGGAGGAGCCCACGGCAGGGGGUCCCUGCGCCUGGGAGGACGAGGACGGCCCGCGGGGAGCCUGAGGACCCGCACACCACCGUUCCUGCCCGGCAGCGGACGCCCACGGAGGGCCGGGCAGCAGCAGGGGAGCAGAGGAGACGCUGCGCGGCCACGCGCGAGGCCGCUUUGCAUGACGACUCACUGAUGUAUCUAGGGAAACGAGAACUCUAGUUUUUUUAAGAAAAAGGAAAAACCAGAAAUAAAGCGACAGAAAGAGCCUCCCUGGCCCCCGGUCCGG